AUGGCUUAUUUAUUUCGCAGCGAAAGAAGCCAGUGUGAUGAAAUAUUGGAUCACCUGAAGCAGCCCCUCCUGGACUAUGUGGCAAAACUGCGUAUUGUGCGCGUGGUCCGGACCACCAAACGUGAGGGUCUGAUCAGAGCUAGGCUGCUCGGGUUUGCUAACAUCACAGCACAGACAGCCACGUUCCUCGACUCUCACUGCGAGUGUACGGACGGCUGGCUUGAACCGCUGCUUGAUCGUAUUGCGCUGGACUACAGGACAGUGACAGUUCCUGUAAUCGAUACCCUGGACGACAAGACGCUCAAGUACACCUUCGCCGGGAUCACAGUUGGGGGGUUCACGUGGACUCUCGUCUACACCUGGCACGCGAUCCCAAAACACGAGCUAGAUCGUCGUCAUUCCAGCAUCGAUCCCAUCAGAACUCCGGCCAUGGCGGGUGGCCUAUUCUCCAUCAGCAAGAGAUUCUUUGAAGAAAUCGGCACUUACGAUGAGGGAAUGAACAUCUGGGGAGCAGAGAACCUAGAACUUUCCUUCCGGAUUUGGAUGUGUGGUGGAACUCUUGAGAUUCUGCCUUGCUCACGCGUGGGUCACAUCUUCAGAAAGAGGUCUCCAUACAAGUGGCUGACCAGCAUAGGCAAAGUGGUGGUGAGGAACAAUAUUCGGAUGGCGGAGGUCUGGAUGGACGAGUUCCGGCAUUAUUACUACACCUGGAUCAACAUUCAGGAGAAAAAGCUAUGGAUGAUGAGUAAGGAUAACGAGAUCCGACGUGAUGAUGCCUGCUACGACCACAAUGGCGGGGAGAAUGUUAUACUCUACCAGUGCCAUCCAGAAAAAGGGAAAGGUUCCCAAUACUGGAUUUACAGAGAUGACCAGACCCUGUUCCACCCGGCCUCCAAUCUGUGCCUCGAGCUGUCCACGAUGGAUGCCACCAAAGUGACAAUGAAGGAGUGCCGGGGCAGUGACAGACAAAAGUGGAUAUGGGGAAAGGGAUUGCCUAAACUUAAUGAGGAAAUACGUAAAGAGUAGCUGAUGCUGUUUAAAUGGGGUGGCUGUUUUGUUAAGUUCUGUUGAAUGUUUGAGAAUAGCAGGUUGGAACACGAGAUUGUAUGAUAAAUUGUUAUAUUUCUGUUCGUAGUGUGGGAAUCGAUGAUGACUAUGUGAAUGCGUAUGUAUGUUUAGAUCUGUAAAUAUAAUUGCUAUAUUGCCACUACAUAAUUAUUGAGAGAGAUGUUUGACUGAACUAGGACAGCCUGGUGUACUUUAUGUGUUGGUGGGUUCAGGAAUGCUGCUACUUUCCCUUCAUUUUCUUACCUCAUUGUAUCCUCUCGUUGGGAAAAAAAGAAUUUUCGAUCAAAGUAAAGUAUACCCGCCAACGCCUUUUCACGCAUCAAGAUAAUCACAGAGAGUUGUUCCAUUUUCCUGGACACCACUGUGACCCCACUGUGAUCCCCAGUGUGACCCUUGUGGUUGCCCACCUGGUCAAGCAGUUCGUGAUGUGGAGGUUUCCUUCACUUUACAUCAGAAUUCGAGCGUAUGCAUUUCAUAUUUCAUUUUGGUGCCUUAAACAUGUAUUUUUCAACUCGUGUGCCUCUUUUUGGUUUCGAUAUGCAACUACUUUGGUCACUUAUAUCGACACGAUUAUAUCGACACGAUUAUAUCGACACGAGACCAUUUGUGAAAGAAGAGCCUAAAGAAAAGAUAUAGGGAAGCUGAGCCGGGAGGGGGUGGGAACAAAGAGUAACAUGGAUGGACAACAUAAUAACAAUUCUCUUGGCCUGGGUAUAGCAGCAUGUGCAACGGCAGUUCGCGACCUUGAAGGAUGGGGGGUCUUGACACGUCAACCUCUGUAUCACAGAUGAUACCUCCAGAGAAAAGAAUGCAACUAUAUCAUCAUCUCCUGUGUAAAGCAUAACAUUAGCAUUCUAAAAAUCCAAGAAAGUCUCCGAGAGGGGUUUCAUUUCAAAUGUUUUUCUCUCACUUAUGACGCUAUGUGGGUUCAAUUCAGGGUUUGAACUCUUCAUGCUAUCACUUUUUGUCGGACAAAUGUUUAAGUGUUUCAGGUCCUUGAAGAGUCGUUUUAACUUUGACAAUGUUGCUGUUUACAAUCAAAUUACAAUAAUUUAAGAAAUGUGAUGGUGUAAUUUUUACGCAUUAUACGGUAUUGUCUCUUUCUCCUCUAAAACAUAAUACUAAGCCUUAAAACCUGGUUAAAAUUCCAUCAGUCCUCACUUUGCACCAAUUAAAACGAUCAUGCGUGCUGCUACAGAUUAUGACUGGCAAUCACAUCGACUACAUCUGAAGUUCGGGAUAAUAGGCAAGUCGUAUUUUGGGUCACUAGAAACGCAUACUUUUGUGCUCACGAUUUUCUUUUUUCUUUUCUCAGACUUCUCACUGCAGAAUAGCUGAUCUGGCAAGAUAACUCUGACUUUUGUAAAGUAAAGAAACUGAUUUUCCCUCUGGCCCUGAAGACCGGCAAACACAUUCCAAAAAUAUGCAAUGGGGCCUUCUCUGCGCAUUGAUCGUAUACAAUAGCUCUGACAGUCAGCGCUGCAGUGGCCACAUGUUGCCAAAAAACAAAUUAGGAAAACGGUGACUAUGGCAAGAAUUAGAAGGGGUCGAUCAUUUCCAAUUACCCACCAUUUACCUACAAGUCAGCUGCUUGUUUAAGCUGUCCCACAGUAAGUUGGGACCUGGUGCAGGGAUUGGUGUCAGAGGUGAAGUGGGUUCAGGCCAUACCUCUUUGAUUCAGGUUUUUGGCCGUUUCAUGCAGAAGACUAGAGUACAAUUCCUACGCGUGGAAGUUAUUUAAUCGAGUGCCUGCUUCAGUCUUUAGCUUUAGAACGUUUUACAGCUCUUACAACACCAUAUAAUCAUUAAAAUGAAAGAUUAGAGGUGUUACAAGAGAGUCAUAAACACAAAAAGGAGAAGGAGAGAUAAGGACGAUAGAUGUUUGAUAGGCAAGAAAGAGCAAACCAUACCAGAAUACCCGUUAACCACCAACGUCGUCUGUCUGCAAGGAUGCUGUAUUCCCCUCUAACUAAUGGCUAUUAGGGUUGAAGCAGCCCGCCUUCUAAAUCAUCUACACUGAGACGACCAGAGUGUAGACAUUAAAAUAUAUUGCAAUCAGUCAGUCAGCCUACUGCAUAGUGGGUCUACUUCAACAGAACUCUGGGUGUUCAAUUGAUUCUUUGUGGGCGGGUGUUCUGUUGCUUUCUAGGUGGUAUGCUUGUUACAUGUUAUUUUUUUAUUUAUUAUUUAUUCAUAAGACUGAACUGGUAACAUACCUACAGUUCUUCAACUAAAUUCUAUAUCCAAAAGAGAAAUCACGAAAGGUAGCAAAAAUUAUUAUUCUAUCCACUUUGAAAGAGAAAUAACCUUGAAACUGGAAUUUAUUGUAAUCGGAUAUCAAGAAAUAUAGUGUUUACAAAUUCUUAAAUGCUUUGUUGUGAUAUAACUCCCCCCCCCUCUCUCUCUCUC